CAAAACCCCCUCUCUUGUGUGUAAAUACCUAAAUUGGAAUUCAUCGCCUGACAACAAUCUCAUUGCAUUUCUCAAUCAGGAACACACAGAUACGAUUCUAUACGAAGAAGUCGUUUGCAUUGCUUCUCUACUGAUACGGACUUCAUUUGCAUAUCCGCCUCUGCGGCCGCCUUAAUUUCUUCUUUCGCCAAUUGCUCUGGGUGUUUGGAGGGGAUUUGGCUCCUGGAAAUGAGGAUUUUUGGCUAGAGGAAUCGAUAUUAGGAGACAGAAUGCCUGGGAUGGUGCAGAAGAAUAAUGUUUGCGGCGGUUCUAAUUAUCACAAUCAGCUGCACAAGUUUUGGUGUGAACUGUCAACACAAGCUCGGCAGAAACUUAUGAGGAUUGACAAACAGACACUAUUUGAGCAUGCUCGUAAGAAUUUGUACUGCUCUAGGUGCAAUGGGUUGUUGCUUGAAAGUUUUUUACAGAUUGUUAUGUAUGGAAAGUCUCUACAGCAGAACUGUGGCAACUUGUGUAUUGAUAAUGAGUGCCAAGAUAAUGUGAUAGAUCCGUCUAUCCAUCCAUGGGGUGGAUUAACCACUUCCAGGGAAGGGACAUUGACGCUUUUGGACUGUUACCUUCACUCAAAGUCUUUGAAGGGUCUCCAAAAUGUAUUUGACAGUGCACGUGGAAGGGAAAAACAACGCAAGUUGCUCUAUCCUAAUGCAUGCGGAGGAGGUGGCCGGGGAUGGAUAAGCCAAGGAAUUACGGGAUAUGGUAAAGUACAUGUAACAAGAGAAACAUGUGCUCUUCACACUGCUAGAUUAUCAGUGGAGACAUUGGUCAACUUUUGGUCAUCCCUUCGAGCAGAGACUCAGCAAUCUCUUCUAAGGAUGAAAGAAGAGGACUUUAUUGAAAGACUCAUGUUUAGGUUUGACAGCAAAAGGUUUUGCAGAGAUUGUCGAAAAAACGUGAUACGUGAAUUUAAGGAGCUAAAAGAGCUGAAGCGCAUGAGAAAGGAUCCUCGCUGUACCAGCUGGCUUUGUGCAGCAGAUUCUGCCUUCCAAUAUGAGGUUUCUCAUGAUACAGUUCGAGCUGAUUGGCAUCAAACAUUUUCAGAUGCUUGUGGAACGUAUCAUCACUUUGAAUGGGCUAUUGGAACUGGAGAAGGAAAAUCUGAUAUCUUGGAUUUUAAAAAUGUUGGGCUGAGAGUAAGGGUUCAAGUGACUGGGGUAGAUCUAAGUGGUCUGAGUGCUUGCUACAUAACUCUAAGGGCUUGGAAAAUGGAUGGACGAUGCAAUGAACUGUGUGUGAAAGCUCAUGCUUUGCAAGCGCCGCAAUGUGCUCAUUGCAGGCUAGCUGUUGGUGAUGGAUAUGUAAGAAUUAUAAUAGGGGGAAAUAUCAAAAGAUUCUUUGAGCAUGCAGAGGAAGCCAAGGAAGAAGAGGAUGAUGACUCCUUGGAUAAGGAUGGAAAUGAGCUUGAUGGUGAGUGCUCUCGUCCCCAGAAACAUGCAAAGAGUCCUGCACUUGCUAGAGAAUUUCUCCUAGAUGCUGCAACUGUCAUCUUCAAGGAACAGGUUGAGAAGGCUUUUAGGGAGGGGACUGCCCAAAAAAAUGCACAGAGUAUAUUUGUUUGUCUUGCUUUGGAAUUGCUGGAAGAGCGUGUGCAUGUGGCGUGCAAAGAAAUCAUCACUUUAGAAAAGCAGAUGAAACUACUUGAAGAAGAAGAAAAGGAGAAGCGUGAAGAUGAAGAGCGCAAGGAGCGUAGGAGAACAAAAGAAAGGGAGAAAAAGGUGCGCAGAAAGGAAAGAAUAAGAGAGAAAGAAAACAAAGAAAGGAGAUGUGCUGAAUCGAAUACAGAUCCUGUGGCUCUUGAUACUCGAAAUGAGGCAGAACCUUGUUCUGAUGAUGGUGUCAAUGUUGAGAACACCAGAGAUUGUACUAUGGAAACAGGGGAAGCUGCCUCCCUACCCAGUCCUUUGUUCCCUGACAUUCAAGAUGAAGAAUUUUUUAUGGAUUACAGUUCUCCAAAUGUGGAAAAUCACCUUGAAGAUAUUUUGGAAGAGGAAUCAGGAAUUACCAGAGAUUUUAAGGCCUCUUUGCCAUAUAAUCACUGUAGGUAUUCUCGCAGGAAACCAAGGUUACAUAAAGAUACUGAGCAGGAUUUGACUUCAAAGUGGUCUGAUAGGAGAAAGGGUUCAGCAAUGUCAGAGAGUGAAGUCACUACUGGCAAGUAUGAAUCAAGAAUUCAUGCUGAUGGUUUUUAUUCCACUAGGAGCAAUAAUUGCUUCGAUAAGCAGUUAAGAACGAAUGCUGCAAAGUUAAAUACUAGAUAUGAUCCAAAGUUGAGUGAAAAACUUCAGUGUAGAGUAGGUGACCGAUGUGAUUCCCAUGUUUGUAGUUGUAACCAUCCUAACGACUAUCGAGCAAGGCCAGAGUCGCAUACGAUGAGAUCAACUGGAGAGCCUAAAUAUGAGAAUAAGUUGGAGUCUUGUGAUAUUUCAAAAUCAUAUCAUCGAGGGAAGUGCACUCAAGUUGAGUGCGCGCGUGAGAUUAAUGGACAAGUUAAAGCCAAAGUCAAUUGUGGCAACUCACCUGUUACAAAGAAAGUCUGGGAACCUUUGGAUUCACAAAAAAAACUUGCUCAAAGCAACUCAGGAUCUGAUGUUGCCUUGAAGCCCAAAGUUGAAACUACUGAAUCUGAUCAAGUUACUGAAUCAUCUGGUACUGCUACUUCGUGUCAAUUGACAGAUACUUCGAUUGAAACUAAUACUGAGGACGAUGAACUGGGGGACUUCGCAAAGUCUGGAAAUGGUACUUGCACAGACACCGAGAAAGGACUUUAUUCAAUGAAGAAGUCCGAGAAUUACAUUAAGGUUGAAGAACCAGAGGAUGGGGAGUUAUAUUUCAUGGAUAGACCUCCACUCAGGACAGAAGGGUCAUUGCUGAGCAGAUCUUCCAACUCCCGCAGCUGCUCUUCCUGCCUCAGUGAAGGCGACAGCAAUACAUUCUCCUUAAACCACUGUAAUCUGGAAUCAACGUCCACAUCAGAUUCAGAAGAGUCUAGCCAAACCUCUGAGGGAAGAGAGAUGCUGCAUGAAAGUAGAAUUACUGAGUGUCACAAAGUUGUGGACGAUCGGAUUACAACUAGAGCACAUGAUUCUAACAACCAGGAACUAGCUUCUUUGAGCAGUUUGCCUGCAGAAACAGCCAUAUAUUGCAAGAACGGGAAAGCAGAUGCUGGUGUGGAUGCUCAGCCUCAAAUCGUGCUUCCCACUAUGAUGCAGAAUCAGAGCUUACAGUAUCCCAUCUAUCAGGCCCAAACAAUGGCUUAUUACCAUCAAGCUCCAGUCUCUUGGCCAGCCAACCCUACUAAUGGAUUAAUGUCCUUUCACUACCCCAAUCAUUACUUAUAUCCCGACAGGUUUGGGUACGACUUGAACACAAAUGCACAGUUGAUGCAGUAUGGGGGCUUACAGCAUCUCCCUCCGCCGCUAAUAACUUCUGUUCAUAUGCCUGUUCUCCCCACUGUGGCUAAUGUAGUCUGCACAAAGGAUUACAACAUAGAUUCGUCAGUUGCAGAGGAUAACAGGUGUGAGAAGAGGAGUGAUGAAUUCUCUCUCUUCCAUUUUGGUGGCCCUGUAGGAUUCAAAACGGAGGAGGCUGUCACCUUGAAAGAUGGACGAGGUGGUGAUUCGUCGGAGAAGAGCCCCCAUCCCUGCAAUGCAAAAGAGUCCAUAGAAGAAUACAAUUUGUUCGCUGCCAGUAAUGGCAUAAAGUUUUCUAUUUUCUAAUUUAUUGUGGAUUUGUGAUACAAGGAAGCCUGAGUGUGUAAACAAUAAUCCUUCUCUGCAAAAGAUAUAUGGUUUUUAUUACAUUA